AUGGCGCCCAAAAAUGCAUCGGAAACACAACAUCCUCGCAAAUACGCGCUGAAUUGGCUAUUUGUGAAGAGGUUAUGGAGGUGUCUCAAGAUGAUAUUCCCUCAUUGGCUUUCCAUGACUUUUUUAUUGUUUAUUACAUUGGUGGGUUUGACCAUAGCUGAACAAAUGCUCGUCUACACCACCGGUCUGAUCCCGAGCCAUUUUUACGAAGUUAUCGGAAGUAAAGACCGGCCCGGCUUUAAGGCCCUGGUUAUAAAAGCCAUAAGCCUACUUAUCGUCACUGCAGUUGUUAAAACUGCGGUACAGUUUGUUGCAAACACUUCGUUUGUCCAAUACCGUUUAGUUAUGAGCAGAUUUAUUCACUCAAUCUACUUCAAGGAUUCAAGCCACUAUGAUAUCCUGAUUCUUGAUCCCAAGAAAACCAUCGACAACCCAGAUCAACGAAUAGCUCAAGAUGUAGACAGUAUGCUGUUCCAGUUGCGAAAGGUUUUUUCCAAUCUGCUGAUAAUGCCCUUAACAGCGAGUUAUUACACUUAUCAGUGCUACGUGUUGACUGGCUACUCCGCUCCUUUGAUAAUGCUGGGGUAUUUUAUUGUCUGGGCGGUAUUCAAUAAGGUUCUUAUGAGUCCUGUCAUAAACACGGUCUACAAAGUGGAGAAGUGUGGAGGAGACUUCAGAUUUAAACAUAUGCAUGUGAGAAUGAAUUCUGAAGCUUUGGCAUUUUAUGGAUCAGACGAAGUGGAAGAGAGGAAAACCAAUGAGAAACUUAAAGCAGUGGUUGAUCAGUCUCAGCGUGUAGCUAACCUGAGUGUAUUUAUAGACCUCUCGGUCAACUCUUUUAAUAACAUCUCUACUAUUGUAUGUUAUAUCUUCAUUGGCAUUACUGUCUUCAAAGGAAAGUAUGAUGAUCUUUCACCCACUGAGCUAGGUUCAGAGAUUAGUCAAAUAGCAUUUGUGUUAACAUAUUUAAUGAAAUGCUUCACAAAUUUGAUUGAUUUGUCUGAUACUUUGGCUGAAAUGGCUGGAUACACACAUCGAAUUGGAGAACUGGUGGAAAAUCUUGAGCACAGUCAGAAGGAUAAAAAGAAAAAUUGUCAUGCUGAAUUGAUAAGGGAUGAUGAACUACGGAAAAUGAUGGACUUUGACACAUUUUUCAAGUUGAUUAAUGUCACCUACUCGAUUCCAGGAACAGACGAAGCAUUAGUGACUGACCUAAACCUGGUAAUAACCAAAGGAAAGAGCAUUAUCAUAACUGGCAAGACAGGCACUGGGAAGAGCUCCUUGCUGAGGAUAAUAAGAGGUCUAUGGAAGCCAUCAUCUGGAUACGUUGUCAGAAAUAUAGACUUUGAGCCUCAUAAAGUAUUGUUUCUCCCUCAACAUCCCAUUUUAACAAAUGGAACCCUGAAAGAGCAAGUUAUUUACCCAAUUGAUCUCAAUAAAUUUGAAGAAUCAAGCUCAGAAGGCUAUCUUUGUGAUUCAAGAAUAGUGGAUUUACUGAGUGAAGUUGGACUAGCUUCAGUUUGCAGACGGGUUGGAGGAAUUAAUGGCCUUGUUGAAGGCAGCUGGGAGGAUAUGCUAUCACCGGGUGAAAUGCAGCGCUUGGCAUUUGCCAGAUUGUUCUACCAUGAGCCAGACCUAGCAAUGAUGGACGAGGCUACAAGUGCGCUUGAUAUUGCCACUGAGAAAACUCUGUACGGAAUGUGUGUUGAUAAAGGUAUCACAAUGAUCAGUAUUGCACAUAGAGAAACACUAGAUGAGUACCAUGAUGUCCAUUUGAGGUUGUUAGGGGAUGGAAAAUGGGUGAUAGGAAAUGGUAAACUAAUAAAGCAAGCCAGUGGUUAUUAGGACUCCGAUAACAAGGAGUACAACAGAACACAGACUCAAGCAAACAAUUUAUGAUAAUUUUGUAACAGUAAACACAAGAGCUUUGUAGAAGAGAAAGUGCUAAUGGGAAACUAAUAAAGCAAACAAGUGGUUAUUAGGACUCCAAUAAGAAGGACUGCAACAGAACACAAACUCAAGAUAACAACUUAUGAUCAUUCUGUAACAGUAACUCCAAGAACUCUGUAGAUUAUUGGUUAGCAUUACUAUCACAUAGAAAAAAUAUCAGUGUUCUAAGCAUUCCCUCAUUAAACCCUGGUAACUUAUGUGAAGUGUUAAUGGGAAACUAAUAAAGCAAACAAGUGGUUAUUAGGACUCCAAUAAGAAGGACUGCAACAGAACACAAACUCAAGAUAACCACUUAUGAUCAUUCUGUAACAGUAACUCCAAGAACUCUGUAGAUUAUUGGUUAGCAUUACUAUCACAUAGAAAAGAUAUCAGUGUUCUAAGCAUUCCCUCAUUAAACCCUGGUAACUUAUGUGAAGUGUUAAUGGGAAACUAAUAAAGCAAACAAGUGGUUA